UGUCGAUUUGUGGGCAACAGAGAUUUCAGGCUGAUUGUGUGGUGUUUUGGCACCAGCGUACGCGUUGUAAACAAUCUCAUCCAGCUCGCUGCCAAGCGUAGAGAGCACGAAGACACGUCCGACAGCGGCUACGCAAGAAACUGUGCAUCAAACGCCGUGCACGUGGCGAUAUUGCAAAAAAAGCAUGGCGCGCAUCAUCGUCGCGCUCGCAUUGCUCGGCGGCGCCGCCGCGCAAUUGACGAUCGACGCCGUCAAUCCUAAAGUGGUUGAGGCCGAGUACGCGGUCCGCGGCAAGAUCCUCGACCGCGCGGGCGAGAUCGAGCGGGACAUGGCCGAGAACCCGGACAAGUGGCCCUUCAAGGAGAUCGUGCGCUGCAACAUCGGCAACCCCCAGGCUUUAGGGCAAGCUCCUCCUGCUUUUGCGAGAGCGGUCCUCUCGCAAGUUGUAUUACCUAAAAGUAAAGGCUCGAAGCAGGUAAAAGAGCGCGCCGACGCGUAUAGAGCCGCUUUACGAGGUGGUGUGGGCGCCUACUCCGACUCCCAGGGCGUGUCAUUAGUACGAGAGGAGGUCGCGAAGUUCAUCUCCGACCGCGAUGGUUAUCCUGCCUCCCCGGCUGACAUCUUCCUCACCGAUGGUGCCUCCGCUGGUGUCAGACACUUGACACAAUUACUCGUCUCGGGACCGCAAGACGGUGUGUUAGCACCAGCGCCCCAGUACCCGUUGUAUUCGGCCACCACCACAUUAUUUGAUGGCACGCUCGGCUCGUACUACCUCGACGAGGCCGCGGACUGGGCCGCGCCCGUCCAGGAAUUGAAGAAGGCCUACGACGACGUUGUUGAGAAGGGCGCCACGCCGAAAUUACUGGUGAUCAUCAACCCCGGCAACCCGACGGGGGCCUCGCUACCUAGAGCGUCGCUGGAGGCCAUCGUGCGUUUUGUGGAAGAGAGACCUGGGUUAGUGUUAGCCGCGGACGAGGUCUACCAGGAGAACGUCUACGGGGACGCCCCUCCGUUCAUUUCCUUCAAGAAGAUCGUGCGGGAUUUGGACUCGAAGAUCCCGCUCGUGAGCUUCCACUCCAUCUCCAAGGGCUUCACGGGCGAGUGCGGGCUGCGCGGGGGGUAUUUCGAACUGACGAACAUCGAUACCGCGGUGAAGGCGCAACUCACCAAAUUAGCCUCCGUGAGCUUGUGCUCGAACACCAUGGGCCAGGUCGCGGUCGGCCUCAUGGUCAACCCGCCCACGUCCGGUCCCGAGCUCAAAGCUUAUGAAAAGGAGAAGAAGGAGAAACUAGCUUCCCUCGAGCGCCGCGCGAACAAGGUGGCCGCGGCCCUCGACGCUUUGGAAGGCGUCUCCUGCGUCCGCCCGCAGGGCGCCAUGUACCUCUUCCCGUCCAUCACGCUGCCGGAUGCGGCGGUCAAGGCCGCCAAGCGGUCGUCGAUGGCGCCCGACGCGUUCUACGCGCUCCGGUUGCUCGAAGGCACGGGCCUCGUCACGGUGCCCGGCAGCGGCUUCGGCCAGAAGAACGGGACCUGGCACUUCCGUACGACGUUUUUACCGGCGGAGAAGCAGAUCGACAACGUCGUCCAGAAGCUCGCGGGCUUCCACGAGUCGUUCCUGGCCAAGUACGGCGGCGGCGGCGAGCUCUAAAGAGGGGGUGCGCCUGUGCAACGCGAUCGUCCCCCGGUUAUAAAAAACUAGUAUCAG